AUAGUUUUAAGUAUUUUCUUUUCAUUAUGCUAAAAAAUUGAAGUUUGGUUAUUUAUUCCGCAGGUUCUAUUCCCUACUCAAUCUUCAACAUUUCCUCGUUGCAAGUUAUUUCACUGGGAUACAACAAUCUCUUUGGUUAUUUCUCUUCCGAUAUGUUCGAUUAUCUUCCUCGAUUACAUUAUCUUAAUUUGGAAUAUUGUCAACUUUCUGGAAGAGUUCCAAUGAGUUUAUUCAAAUGCAAAGAGUCAAACUUUUUUGUUUUUGGAUAAUAAUAAUUUGGAGGGAAUUGUGCCAGUAGAAAUCUCAAAUUUGACUUCACUCAAUAUGUCUCUAUCGAAGAAAACUAUUUAUCAGGAAAAAUUUCAUCAGUUAUUGGAAACUUGACUUUUCUCGAGGAAUUUGAACUUUCUAAUAAUAACUUAACAGGCCGAAUUCCUUCCUCAUUAUACAAUCUGAGUUCCCUUAAGGUUCUCUUCUUAUACAAGAAUAGUUUGGAUGGAGAAAUUCCAUAUUGCAUUGGAAACAUGAGUUCUCUUUCACACAUUGACCUAGAGAAGAAUAAUUUUCAUGGUAAAAUACCAGAAAAUUUUGGUAAAAGUUGCACCUUACACAGUUUUCGAAUCAGCAACAACAAAAUAGAAGGGUCGCUGCCCCGAUCUUUGGGUAAUUGCAAAGAGUUGAGGCUUCUCUAUGUUGGAAACAACUAUUUGAAUGACACAUUCCCAAAUUGGUUAGGAAAUUUGGAUCAACUGCAAGUGCUUAUCUUGAGAUCGAACAAAUUCUAUGGUGAAGUUGUUAGCUCAGGUGUUACAGUUUCCUUCACUCGUUUAUGUCUCAUUGAUAUUUCUCAUAACAACUUCAGAGGCUAUUUACCUAUGAAAUAUUUUGAAAAUUUGCAUGCCAUUAAAGAAGGGAAUGGAAAAAAAAAGAUAAACCAGAGUACAUGACAGAUGGAUCAGUAUUUGGAGUGUUGAAUUAUGCCUCCAACAUAUCUUUUACAAUAAAAGGGUUGGAAACGGAGUUUGAGGAACUGCUAACUAUAUGGACAAUUAUUGAUUUUUCCAGCAAUCAGUUCUACGGAGAAAUUCCUAAAACACUUGGAGAGCUUCACUCACUUAUUGUCCUGAACCUCUCUCAUAAUUGUUUAACAGGUCAUAUUCCAUCAUCAUUAGGUGAUAUGUCAGAGCUUAAAUCAUUAGAUCUCUCAUCAAACAAACUCCAUGGAAGAAUUCCAAUAGAGUUGAAAAAUCUUAGGUUCUUAGCCGUGUUGAACUUUUCUAAGAAUAAUCUCACAGGACCUAUUCCUCAAGGCAAACAGUUUGAUACUUUCACUAAUGAUUCCUACAUAGGAAACCUUGGUUUAUGUGGACUGCCAUUAUCAAAAAGCUGUGAUAAUGAUGAGGGAACUCCAGCUAAAUUUGAUAGAAAUGAUGAUGAUGGAAUGAACUGGAAAUUUUCAAUAUUGAUGGGGUAUGGAUGUGGGUUGUUGCUGGGACUGACUAGGGGAUACAUUGUAUUCACAACUGGAAGACCAUGGUGGUUCAUUAGGAUCUACGAGAGAGUUCGAAAAAGAUUUGCAAAAAAGGUAAAGAAGAGAACUCUUUGACGGAUUUUUGCUGCAAAACAACCAGUGGACUGGACAG